AAACUCACAUCCCAGCGGGAAAAGAUGCUUGAUAUUUAUAUCCGUCACAACCGCCUGUUCUUUUGCCUGUACAGGGAAAGGAUAUGGAGGCCCAGCGCCAGGUUCACAGGACUGGGACUACUAACUAGUUCUCGGCCUAUUGCUAGAUCAUGAUUGUCUGGUUCUUCCCUCGCCAGUUCCAGAGACAAAACCCGGAUGCUGCAGAUCGCCCGGCGCCAAACAAGACUCAACGGGGGGAAGGAAGAAUCUGGUCAAAGCUUCUGAUGGAGCUUGAUCGUGCUUCGAACACAUCAGCGGGCACGCUGAUUACGGUGGGUCUCGGGAUCAUGGUUUGGAUCAUCCAGGAAAUUGUUCCUCCGUUUGGUUUGGUAUAUGAAACUCCCAAAGCCUUGAAGCCCUUCUUGGAAGAAGGUAGGUACCUCCUCUCGCCGUUGCAUCAAGGAACCCCCCGGGCGAGGAAAGACGGUUGUUAUGUUAUGGCUCAGCAGCUGAAAGGCAGACGAUAAUCGAAAACAAUUCUUGUGGUAACUAAUCGUAUCGAUUGUA